AAAAAAACAAACCGCCAAAAAAGUUUAACAGCAGCCGGGAAAAUGUAAAUAGAGCGAAAUAAACGAAUUCCUGUGUGUGUGUUUGUUCAUAUCCAAUUCGGAUUCCUUGUGGCGUACAAUGGACAUCGCCACAGCCGCCAUUUCCGAUGCCGAAGUUCCUCUGUUGAACGACGUCGUCGAGGGAUCCGUUGACUUCAAGGACCGACCCGUUUCCCGAUCCAAAUCUGGUGGCUGGAGAUCCGCUUCUUUCAUUAUCGGUGUGGAGGUGGCGGAGAGGUUUGCUUAUUACGGAAUAAGCUCGAAUUUGAUUAGCUAUUUGACGGGGCCCUUGGGUCAGUCCACCGCCACGGCGGCGGAGAAUGUGAAUUUGUGGUCUGGAACGGCGUCGCUUUUGCCGCUGCUGGGUGCAUUUUUGGCGGACUCGUUUUUGGGACGCUACCGCAUGAUUAUUGCCGCUUCUGUCCUGUAUAUUUUGGGACUUGGAUGCUUGACCCUGUCAGCUCUCGUUUAUUCUCUCGGCUCUUCCGACUGUGAAAAUGCUGCAAAUAACGCGUCUUGUUCUCCACCUCGGUUGCAAAUUAUUGUCUUCUUCUUCUCUUUGUACAUAGUUGCAUUAGGACAAGGAGGGCAUAAACCUUGUGUGCAAGCUUUCGGAGCUGACCAGUUUGACGAGCAAGAUCCGGAAGAAUGUAAAGCCAAAAGUUCCUUCUUUAAUUGGUGGUACUUUUCAUUUUGUGCUGGAGUUUUGGUGGCUCUAUCUGUUUUGAAUUACAUCCAGGACAAUUUGAGUUGGGGCCUUGGCUUUGGUAUUCCGUGCAUUGUGAUGUGCCUUGCUCUUAUUGUGUUUUUGCUUGGAACCUUUACGUUUCGGUUUCGCGUAAAUAGUGACGAGAUUAGCCCUUUUCUCAGAAUUGGUCAUGUGUUUGUUAGAGCAGCAAAAAAUUGGCACACUAAUCCUUCAGCUAUAUCCAUGGAAGCCGAAGCUCAAGGAGUUCUGCCUUAUGAAGGCUUUGAACAGUACAAGUUUCUGAAUAAAGCGUUACUCGGAUCGAAAGGUUCAAGCCAAGACAGCAAAGUUUGUAGCAUCACGGACAUUGAAGAAGCAAAGGCAGUUCUAAGGCUUGUCCCAAUAUGGGCGACCUGUCUGAUUUACGCGGUUGUAUUCUCACAGUCAUCCACUCUAUUCACGAAGCAAGGAGUCACAAUGGACCGUCACAUAACUUCCACUUUCCAAAUACCGCCCGCUUCACUCCAAUCCCUAAUCAGCUUAUCAAUCGUACUCUUCAUCCCAAUCUACGACCGCAUUCUAGUUCCAAUCGCCAGAUCCAUAUCAAGAAAACCGUCCGGCAUAUCAAUGCUUCAGAGAAUAGGUUCCGGAAUAUUCCUCUCUCUUCUCUCGAUGGUGAUUGCAGCUCUAGUGGAGAGGAAGCGCCUGGCGACAGCUGCCGAGCACGGAUUGGUGGACGAUCCGAAGGCGGUGGUGCCUAUGAGCGUGUGGUGGCUGGCCCCUCAGUACUUGCUCUUUGGAGUUUCGGAUGUGUUCACCAUGGUUGGUCUGCAAGAGUUCUUCUAUGAUCAGGUUCCGACUGAGUUGAGAAGUAUCGGUCUUGCUUUGUACCUCAGCAUAUUUGGUGUGGGCAGUUUUAUAAGCAGUUUUCUGAUAUCUGUUAUUGAGAAAUACACGAGUGGACCCAGUAAGGACAGUUGGUUUUCGGAUAAUUUGAAUCGAGCCCAUAUCGACUACUUCUAUUGGCUGCUUGCUGGGUUCAGUGGAGUUGCGUUUAUCGCGUAUGUCUACUUUGCGAAGUCGUAUAUCUAUAACAGAAAAGGUAAUGUGUGAUGUUAUUGCAACUAAGGCAGCCACAGCUCCAUAUAUAGGACAUAGAAUUGUAACAUUGUACUAGUGUUUGAAAUAUGAAUUGCAAUUGUUUGUUUGUUAAGGUUACUGUUUUAAUGGAAAAUCUAUAAUAUCAUUUUUAAUAUUAAUUGAAUUUUAUACUUUGGA